AUGGGGGCACUCCUGAAUGUAGUUCCUCCAAAUAUAACUGUAGAAUCUCUGGCUGUGAAAACGACUUUGAGACUGCAUUUUGUUGGGUUGUGGUCGAAGGCUAGGACGGGACAUGCGUCCAUCCUACGGGCCAGAGAUCUCGAAGAGGUCCUGGCCCAAGGAGGGGACUAUGGCUCUCGUAGCUACCACUUCCGACACAAAUACAAAGUCGUCUUUCCAAACAGGCAGGAAUGGGAAGGAGGGAGCAAUGAAAUCCUAUCACCCCAAGGGCUAGUCUGGUUUACGGACGGGUCCAAAAGGGUGGAGGGAGCAGGUGCAGGAAUUCAUAGCGGUGGACCCAAAACUGAGAUAUCCCUCAGACUGGGACACACUGCCUCUAUUUUUCAGGCAGAAGUAUAUGCGAUCUGGGCCUGUGUAAAGCACAUUCUAGAGCUAAAUCACAGGAACAAACACAUAUACAUAUGCAGUGACAGCCGUGCAGCUCUCAAGUCACUCACAUCGGUCGUGGUAAUUUCAAGGCUUGUACGGGACUGCAUCACACUCGCCAAGAAACUAGCGAGCACCAACUAUGUCAAUCUUAUUUGGGUACCGGGUCACAGCGGUAUCAAAGGGAAUAACAUAGCAAAUGAAUUGGCAAGGACAGGGGCCUGCAAAACGGACCCUGAGCCAGUCUGUUCAAUUCCGGUGCCUCUGUGCUUUAUAAGAAGCCACUUGGCUCAAUAG